AUGAAUAUGUUAUGUGCAGACUUGAGUUACCUAAAAUUUGUAAAAGAUGCAACUACAUUCUUACCUGAAGAUAAUCACUAUGACUACAUAGUGGUUGGAGGGGGCACAGCAGGCUGUCCUUUAGCCGCCACUUUAUCGGAGAACUACACCGUCUUACUUAUUGAAAGAGGCGGGGAUGCUCACACAAACCCUUAUGUCAUGCGCGAAGAAAAUUUGCUAGACAAUGCUUUGCAAAUAAAUGAUAAGGACUCGCCUGCUGAAUCGUUCACAUCAGAGGAUGGAAUACCAAAUAUUCGAGGACGGGUCUUAGGUGGCUCUAGCAUGGUUAAUUUUGGAUUCUAUUCGAGAGGUGAUGAUGACUUCUAUAACCGUUCGGGUAUAGAUUGGGACUUUGAUAUGCAGAAAACAGCGUAUGAAUGGAUUGAAGAAACUGUUGUGUUUCGAAAGAAUGAAUUGAAUCUUUUUCAGUCUUCAGUGAGGGAAGCACUUUUACACGCAGACCUCAAACCGGACAAUGGAUUCACUCUUGAUCACGAAGGGGGAACCAAAACCACGGGCAGUACAUUCGAUGCCACAGGAAGGCGAUAUGGAGCAGUAGAGCUUCUUAAUAAAGGAAAACCGGGUAACUUACAAGUGAUCAUCAAUGCAACAGUGGAAAGAGUUCUGUUUAAUUCCUAUUCAACAGAUAUAUCUGCUGCUGGAGUUAUUUACAAGGACUCGAACGGGAGAUCUCAACAAGUUCAAGUUCGCAGAAAUGGAGAAGUAAUAUUGAGUGCUGGAGCUCUAGGCAGUCCUCAGCUUUUGCUACUAAGUGGAGUUGGCCCAAGUUCGGAUCUGGCAUCUAUGAACAUUCCUCUAGUUCACCACCAGCCAUUUGUCGGUCAAUUCAUGAUCGAUCCCCCACUGAAUCAGGUGAGCUUUAUAUCCCCAUUUCCGAUUCCCAUUAAGGGUUCUAGUGACCGUACAGUUGGGAUCCAAAAAAAUUUGUACAUCAUUGAGGCCGUAUCUGCAAUUGCAUCCUUUUUCUCUCCUGCUAGUCGGAUAUUUUUCCCCUACCCUUAUGCGCACCUAAAUAUUACUGCACUCAGCAUAGUUACUAAAACUUCAAGGCCUAUGUCAAGUGGUUCACUUAAGUUAGCAUCUGCAAAAAGUGCCAGCAUUACUCCGAGGGUUCGAUUUAACUAUUUUGCAGACUCCAGAGAUAUAUCAGCUUGUAUAAGUGGGUUGCAGACUAUUGGAAAGAUGAUCAGGAGUCCCAGCAUGGAUCAAUAUAAGUUUGUGGAUAAAGAUGGUAACAAAUAUUAUCAAUUUUUGGGCCUUUCUUUACCGGAAAACAUUUCUGAUCGAAGCAAAAUGGAAUCAUACUGCCGCAGAACAGUGGCUCCUAUCUACCAUUAUCACGGUGGAUGUACAAUGAAGAAGGUGACUGACGGUGAUUUUAAGGUCACUGGUAUAAAAGCAUUACGAGUCGUCGAUGGUUCCACGUUUGUGGCCUCACCGGGGACUAAUCCUCAGGCUACUCUACUGAUGAUGGGCAGGUACGCAGGUCUGAAGAUAAGGGAAGAGAGGAUCCGCCAGGGCUAAUACACUCAGGGAAGCUCCAUCAGUUUAUCAGCUCAUCAGAAAGCUGACUAAAUCAAAAUUGUACAUCUGGAGUUAGUAUUGCAAUACUUGUGGCAGAUUGCCCUUCAACAAAAGGUUUGAAGGACUUACAAUAAACAGCAGUUUUACAAAUAAUAGCAGAUAUAUUACAAAUACUAGUCCAGAAUUUAUUUAUUUGAGCUAAAUAUGUACCCGUAAUCACGUACAGGAAGCAAGAAUAACAAAGUUGCUAAAUGAAUAUAAUAUUUCCACGACACUAAAGAUCAUCAACGACAAUGACUCUAGUUGAAAAGAAGAUAAAACAGAUGUGAUAUUUGUGACAUGUUUUUUAUAUGCACCUGUAUCUUAGAGAAGUUUUCAGGUUAAAUUGGAGGUUACAUUAUGCUCAGCUCCUGAUCUCUAAAGCGUUUCAGAGUAUAAUUGAUCUACCGAACAAGCUGGAGACUGAUAGAAUAUUUUACCCCAACUUUCACAAAUAGGUGUAACGUGUCAAGAGUGUAGUAGUAUGGGCACUUAUCUUUAGAAGAGGGAAGGCGAUGAGCUCAGGCAUCUUGUGGGACUUGUACUAGUCAUCGUCGUAUUGAUGCAGAAGCAAUAUGCAGGAUAAGGCAAAGUCCGGGGGCUUGUCUCAGAAAGCAGAGUCACCCUGUUUCUCAAUACUAGUUCAGCAUAUAAUUGCCCACAAUGCCAUUCCAGUUUAUAAACCAGAUAUAUA